AUGUCUCUAUUCUCUCGCCACGAAGGCCACAUGGAUAUGAGCGACAGCUCGAGCUCCGCAUCCACGGACAGUCACGGCAUGGACUCGCCGCACUCCAUGAUGAUGGCCAUGGUGUUCCAGACCAACACGGCGACUCCUCUGUACGCCGACUCGUGGACCCCCCAGAGCGCGGGCGCCUACGCGGGGACAUGCAUCUUCCUCGUUGUGCUCGCCGUCAUCGGCCGCCUCCUCCUCGCCGCGAGGAGCAUCCAGGAAGCCCGCUGGCUCGACAAGGACAUGAAGCGCCGCUACGUCGCCGCCCACGGCAAGGCCUCGCUGUCGGACCGUGUCUCGAGCGACUCGCUCGCCAAGCCCAUGACGCUGACGGCCAACGGCGUCGAUGAGAGUGUCGUUGUCGUCGCCCGCCCCGGGUGUGAGACGAGGCCGUGGCGAUUCAGUGUCGAUCCUGUGCGCGCCGCCAUGGACACUAUCAUUGUUGGAGUUGGUUAUCUCCUCAUGUUGGCAGUCAUGACCAUGAACGUGGGCUACUUCAUGUCCGUCCUCGCCGGCGUCUUUGUCGGCAGUCUUGCCGUCGGUCGCUAUAGCGCCGCAGGAGAGCAUUAA